AUGGACUACCGUUGGCAUCUUCGCGACGUGCACCAUUACCAAAAGAGUAUCUGCGAGCCGCCCGGAAAGACGUGCAAGAAACGAUCCUCCUCUGCCCUGGAUGAGUCUCCAACCUCGGACAAAAAGCAGUUCAAGAAGGUGGAACGCCCCUGCAAACGUCAAAAGGCCGGGUCGAAAUCAUCACGUAGUGUUAAGGGGCACACUUUUAUCAACUGGGAACCCCAUGCAACACGGUUAAGAGCGAGGAGACCUGCCCAGGCUCGGAAGGAAGAUCAGGGCCACCAGUGCCCAAGCAUCAAUCUGCACGCAGUAUCACAGGAUGGCCAUUCUGCUCGAUCAGCCUCACUUGACCUCCCCGGGCUGACGGAUGAUACGAGCACCUGCGCAAGCUACUCUGCAGCAUCUCCCACCAUAGAUGCUAUCCCUAUUGACCCCCAGAUCUUGCAACCUGCCCCUUGGCUUGUGUACCAACCAGUACAAGGAGAUGGGCAAGACCGCAUGUGUGGCUCUGUGGAAUAUAGAGACAGUCACUGCGCCAAUGAGCCAGCAGAGAGCAAUGUUUCCCAUCAGACGCCCCUGGAAAACCCUACCCAGAGGGACAUUGACUGCGAAGAGGCUGCUUACCUAGGAGCGGACAAUAUUACCACGGAUCCCACGACGCCAUCAACGCCGCUAAGCCGACCAGACGCUGCCCCCACAACCUAUGAAUCCAGGCCGGCAAAUGACUCUUUCCACAUGGUGCAGCAGUCUACCGAUAUAGCUACUAUCCAAAACGAAGGGAAAGCUGUCAACUUCAUAGGGCCCAUUACAAGAGUCCGAACCAGGGCUAUGACUAGGUCAUGUCAGAGGUCUACGGGCCUCCGCACCUCGUCUGGCAAAGCAAGAGCAUACAGCCAGGAGGAGGACGCCUUGCUGAAGUCACUCAUGGAGGAAUGGGGUACUCUCGAAUUGGUUGUGCCGAGAUUCCAGAAGUCGUUUCCAAAUCGAUCUGCUAUUUCCCUUCAAAAGCGCUGGUUGCUCAUACGAUCGUCUCCUCGACGCUCGACCAGGUCAAGACCGAUUUGA